CGAAAGAGCACUAAGGUUCUCAUUCAUGUCUAUCCUGCCGGGUAAAUCUUCGCCGAGCGGUGGGUAUGACGCUUGACAGCGACUGGGAAAUGAAGGAUAACGUGGCCGCCAUUCGUGAGAUAAGAGAUUUGAUCAUAGCUGGUCCUUGGAGCCAAGUCCUGAUAUGUUGCGAUAUAUACUUGACACUAGGAGGAUCCCGGCCAGAUGAUACCAAGAUAUGCAGCUUUACAGGGCACCCAGCUGUGCACAUUCAUCAAUCGUUACGACCAUCAACAUCCCAUGACAUCCAUUCAUUAAUAGCGGUAGUGGCCUCGGGCUGCAUGCUCCCUGCAGGAUAACCACCCACACUAUUCCGUCGGUUUACAAUGGCAUCGUAC